CUUUCAGGGCCAAGAGGUCCAGGAGUUCGUCCAGUUCACCCGUCGCUGUAUACCUGUAUGCUUUCUGUGGCAUUCCUGCUUGGUGGCCACCAUUACUAAAUGUUGCUCAGUAUUAUUAAUGCUAGCUAAGUAAGAGUGCCUCAACUUCGCCCUCUCUGUGCUGCCCAGGGAGAUCACUGGACAAGAAAUCGGGUUAUCGGACGUCUAGCCUCAACCCUGUUCACUAAGUGGCUUCAGGCCUGGAAGAAGCGCUGGUUUAUCCUGCGGAGCGGCCGGAUGAGCGGUGACCCCGACGUCCUGGAAUACUACAAGAACGAUCACUCCAAGAAGCCCCUGCGCAGCAUCAACCUGAACUUCUGCGAGCAGGUGGACGCGGGCCUGACCUUCAACAAGAAGGAGCUGCAGGACAGUUUCGUGUUCGACAUCAAGACCAGCGAGCGCACCUUCUACCUGGUGGCCGAGACGGAGGAGGACAUGAAUAAGUGGGUCCAGAGCAUCUGCCAGAUCUGCGGCUUCAACCAGGCAGAAGAGAGCACAGACUCCCUGCGGAACAUUUCCUCGGCCCCGCACGGGCCGCGCUCCUCUCCAGCGGAGCUCAGCAGCUCCAGCCAGCACCUUCUCCGAGAGCGGAAAGCCUCGGCCCCAUCGCACUCCAGCCAGCCGACCCUGUUCACCUUCGAGCCGGCGCUGUCCAACCACGUGCAGCCCGCCUUGUCCGCCAGCGCGCCUCAGGAGUACCUCUAUCUGCACCAGUGCAUCAGCCGCAGGGCGGAGAGCACACGGAGUGCCAGCUUCUCUCAGGGCUCCAGGGCCUCGUUCCUCAUGAGGAGCGACACAGCCGUGCAGAAACUUGCCCAGGGCAACGGGCACUGUGUCAACGGGGUCAGUGGUCAAGUCCACGGCUUCUACAGCCUCCCAAAGCCAAGCCGGCACAACACAGAGUUCAGAGACAGUGCCUACGACCUCCCCCGGAGCCUGGCCGCCCAUGGCCACACCAAGGGCAGCCUCACUGGCUCCGAGACAGACAACGAGGACGUGUAUACCUUCAAGAUGCCCAGCAGCACCCUGUGCCGGGAGUUUGGGGACCUCCUGGUGGACAAUGUGGACGUUCCGACCACCCCGCUCUCGGCCUACCAGAUCCCUAGGACGUUCACACUGGACAAGAACCACAACGCCAUGGCAGUGGCCACGCCUGGGGACUCGGCCAUAGCUCCCCCGCCCCGGCCCCCCAAGCCAAGUCAGGCAGACACACCUCGAUGGGGCAGCCCUCAGCAGAGACCUCCCACCGGGGAAGGCAGCAGAUCGGUCUCUGCCGCCGCCACCAUCCCCAGGCGUAACACCCUCCCAGCCAUGGACAACAGCCGGCUUCACCGAGCUUCCUCCUGCGAGUCCUACGACUACCCGCAGCGUGGUGGAGACAGUGCUGGCCGGUCUGCCGAGUCCAUGAGCGAUGCAGUCAGCGCUUUCCUGCCAGCGAAAGCAGUCGUGGGUCGAUCAGACAGCACCAAUUCCGAGGACAACUACGUGCCCAUGAACCCAGGCUCCUCCACCCUGCUGGCUUUGGAGCGAGCCGGUGAUAACUCCCAGAGUGUCUACAUCCCCAUGAGCCCCGGGCCGCACCACUUUGACCCGCUCAGCUACCCCUCCUCAGCCCUCUCUCUGCACCGAGGCUCCAGCAGAGGGAGUGAGAUCCAGCCACCCCCUGUCAACCGCAACCUCAAACCUGACCGGAAGGCAAAGCCAACACCACUUGACCUGAGAAACAACACCGUCAUCGAUGAGCUCCCCUUCAAGUCCCCCGUCACCAGGUCUUGGUCCAGGGCCAUCCACUCCUUCAGCCCCAGCUCCUCCCAGUACUGCCGCCCCAUCUCUACACAGAGCAUCACCAGCACCGACUCCGGAGACAGUGAAGAGAACUACGUCCCUAUGCAAAACCCCGUGUCUGCAUCUCCCGUUCCCAGCGGCACCAACAGCCCAGCCCCUAAGAAGAGCACUGGCAGUGUGGAUUAUCUGGCCCUGGACUUCCAGCCGAGCUCCCCAAGCCCCCACCGCAAGCCAUCCACGUCAUCGGUCACUUCCGACGAGAAGGUGGACUACGUUCAAGUGGACAAGGAGAAGACCCAGGCCCUGCAGAAUACCAUGCAGGAGUGGACAGACGUGCGGCAGUCCUCGGAGCCCUCCAAGGGCGCCAAGCUGUGACACCCCGUGCCAGGGAGGGGCCCAGAGGCCAUGUCUGCAGAGCCGGCCUCCCCGUCUGCUUGUCCUUCGCCUCUCCAGCGUGCCCUCCUGCCCACCUCCUCUCUCCUCUGCCAGUCUGGCCUUCAAAGCACUUGGCAUCAGGGACCCUGACCCCUUCCCCCUGGGAGGCGGGGGCCUGAUGGAGGCACUUCCUCUGCCCUCUCCGGGCCCACCUUUGAUUUUUAUCAGCAAUGGCCAUCCUACCUUAGUUAGAGCUCUUGCCAAAAAGCAUCCUUAAUCCUCCGCCUGUCCUUCAGACCCGAAUAUCUACCAGACGUGCGGGGGCGGGGCCGCGGCUGGAGCUGAUACCCCACCUCACCGUCCGGCCUCCAGCUACUGGGCUCCCUACCUCGGUCCCAGAAGAGGCCACAUCGUCCCACUGACCAGGCACCCAAGGAUCAGCAGGCCAGUGUGGACACGGACCUCUUGGUCCCUGUCUUCCUUGGCAGGGGCGGGGCGAGGCCACCUAAAGGCGGAGGAGCCACAGGGGAAGGUCAGAGGCCGUCUUGAGGGACAGAGGAAUUAGAGCCCGAGACACGGAAGGGCAGUGGAGCCCCGCAGGGGUUUCAGGGCAGCCCCCCACUUUCAGGAGUGGGAGAUGUGGAAGGACAGAGAGGCUGGGGACGACCGGCCACCGAGAACACGGAGCGGGGCUCAGAGCCCAGGAGAUGGGGAGACAGACUCUGUGGGGCCGGGCCCCUGGGAAUGUGAAGCAUCAGGCCGGCUCUGCCGUCUGGGACAGAGAGCCGUCCCCCCGACCCCGCCCGCCUGGAGGCACCGCUCUGGACAAGGCUUGGACUGUGCUGGACGACAGCGUGGGGGUGGGGGCGCCGGCAUGGCGAGGGGGGCCGGUGGAGCUGGUGGGGGGGGUGACGCGGGGAGCAGGGUGGGCGUGCGGGGGUGGGGGUACCGAGGGGCCACCCUGGGACAGCCUGGGCGGAGGCACCCGGGGGUACCCGGGACUGGCAUGGAGACGGCGCAGCAAGUGAGCUUCUGUAAGACGGGUGGCGUGGCGGGGGCUGCGCCCCACCCAGCGCGCCUGCCGGAGAGACAGCCCCCGGCAGUGCCGCGGAGGCGCAGGCUGAGCAGAAAGGGAUUGGUGACGUCGCUGUCGGGGAGCAGCUGGCCUGGUGGCAGGCGAGGGCAGUUCCCAGGACUGCCGGACGGCGGGCGGAACAGAGCCCCGAGGAUGUGGCAGGGUGGCCGGUGGCUUGUGCCCUCCAACUGAGGUUUGUGCAGGGCCCAGGAAAGGUUAGGGCUUGGCCUGGUGCCCAGUCAGCUCAGGUCACCUGCUGUUGCUCUGUGGAGUCCCAGGUGCCCUGUUGGACUCAGGCCUGGCUACAGGGACAGGAAAGGGCAGGGCUGGAAAGGCCCCCAGGUCCGUGUCACCCUCUGCCAGGACAGAAGGGGGGCAUCACCCCCAGGCUCCUUCUCCCAAGUCUGGGGAGGGAAACUCUCAUGUUAAAGUCCUUGGCCAAAUUUUUAAAAAGUUUCAGAGGCAACUGGGCAGACCAGCUGUUCCAUCCUACCCUGGGGAGAACAGGCCUUCUUCCUCCAGAAGAAAUGAGUUCUGACCCUACCUAAGGGAGGUGGCUACUGCUCACCUUUCUGGUCCUGUGAGCGUGUGUACACACACACACUCACCCCCUCAGCAGCCUGAGGCCUGACUGUACUCCGUCCUGGAAGAGAUGGUCUCAACAGGUGAGAACUCUUCCUAGUAUUAGUCACAUCAACUCAGUUAAGCGAUGGCAGCGGCUGCUGUGGCCAGGUCUGGACUGCACACUGAGGACACAGGAGUUAAUCAGACUUUGUGUUUGAGAAGGUCACGCUCGAUGAGGAAAAAAGACAAGGACACGUUGGUGAUGGCCGUGAGAGACUCAAAGCUGGGGAUGUGUGGAGAAGUCAAGACCACUGCUCCAGGAGGCUGGUGUGUGGGCAGGAGUGGGGAGGUGUGCAGAUCAGGGAAUGUGGUUUCUAGGAAAAGCGGGUGCCUGACUUGGCCGGAGGGGAAGAAGGGUCAGAUUUUUAGAGGAAGGAUGGUGGGUUUGGGCUCUAUUGGAGGAAGAUGGAGAGACUUGUGCUUUGAAACAGGAGACCUUUGGGAGUAUGGGCCCAGGCCAGGCCCUCAGCAGCAGCAAGGCCUUGGUGUUCGUACAGAUGAAGUGGUGAUGCUGGCAGUGGCCUACCCUGGGCAGGGUUUGGUAGGUCACUGCCCAGCCCUGUGUCCCUUUAGGGCCCUCUGCAGACAGUCUCAUACGGCAGGGCUCUGAAUGGUAUGCCCACCCCCACCCCAGAGACAUCAGGUGAGCCCAGGUAUGGAUGCGUCAGUUUCCAGUAUCAUUCCCUAUUGAUCAUCAGGUGCCCUAAUGAUGUCAAUGUUUUCCGAAUGUGCCAUAAGGUGAGUGAGACUGGUUGGAGUCUCGAGAGAUGGAGAUGUUCAAAUCUAACCUCCAAGGAGGCCUCCCUCCAGCUCUUGGUUCCUCCAACCUCCAAACCCUUAGGGUGGAGGCAGGAGCAGAGACCAGAGGGAAGUACAAGAGGAGCAGAGACUACUGAAAGCAGAGACUUGGAGCUCAAAAGCCCCAAGUACCAGGUGUCUGAGAUUCCCGUCGGUGGCUCAGAGUUCACCUCUGUUGGUGGCCCGGCGUGGACGGAGACCCCAGGAAGCCCUACAUCAGCCAGCAGAGCCCCCUCCUGCCUGGGGCUCCCAGGAGCAGCAGCUGUCCCCUCCUAGUCCAGCUCUCCUGCUCCGCGGGGUCAAAGGCAGGGAGGAGUGCCUACAGGGAGCUGUGUCUCUUCCCCACCAGUGGGGUCAGCUGGGCCCUGAAGCCUCUUCUGUGGCUGUUCCCUGCUCUGUGACCUGUCUUGAGGGCCCUCCCUAGACCUGAUUGCAGUAACUUUUAUAUUCGAAACCGUUCAACUGCGUCCCAUCCCUAGGACAGAAGCACAACGGUUCUCAGCCUGCCCCGAGGCUAAGGCCCCCAGCUGUGGCCUCCCCACCCUGCCCUGCCCACGGCCCUCUGAGGGAGCUCCGGAAGCUGGAAGCAGAGCGCGGGGCAGGAGGGAAGUCGGCGUGUCCUUCCUCUCUCCGUCCGUCCGUCCUGCGCACGGCGAGCGUCAGGCUGCGCACAGGAGCGCCAAGCUGCUGCCUUCUGAAACCCACUGAGCUCUUCGGGGGACCAGUGGGCCGCCUGCCACGGGGCUGGCGUGUGAUAUUUGGUGGUGUGUGUUCUUAUGUGUUGGUUACACGUGUCUUGAAAUGUAGAAUCAUUUUCCACGGAAUCAUUGCUUUAUCAAGAAGAGAAAAUGGGCUAGAAGCAGCCCAGUCUUAGGUUUCUGGCCCUGUUACCAUUUUAAAUUGACAUUUAAUUUUUCAAAUCGCUGUUGGUGCCUAAUCACUUAAGUUAUUAAUUUAUUGUUUUCUUUAAAAAAAAAAUUGUAACAUGUAUUUAUCCUGUGAGUAGGUCUGGGGUGGGAUGGGAAUGCAUUCACAGGCGUCCUGUUUUUGCGGUGGUGGCACAGGCCUUGAGUUUGCAGGGCCCUUGUUACUGGAGGCGGAGCUAGACGACAAUAAAGUCCGUGAGAAGAAA